ACUCUUUGUUUGUUUCUAGAAGCUUUACGUGAGUUCUCACACCCAAAACUCGUGUACCACAAGUUGGGUUCUUAUCAAAAUGCUCUGUUUGUUUCGUUCUCGUGCUUUACUAUAUUGCUUUUGUGUUCAUACGUAAAGAUAAUAGAUGUAUAUGUAGUAACGUCACACGUAGAACUAACGUGAAGACAAACUCAUUAUUUUCUUUCUUUUUUUUUUAAUAGCAAAACUUUUUUUAUCUUUUAAAUUUUUCCUCAAUGAUGGAAAGUUUUAAUCUUUAUCCUUUCCUUUGAGAUAGAGGCAACCGAAAGAAAAAAAAAAUUGUUUGAUUUUUUUUUUCUUGUAUAAAGUUUGUAAUCUCUACGAUCAUCAUCUUUGUUUUGUUGCUUACUCUGUUUUUUUCUCGCGUUUCAAAUAUAAUCAUUACUCUUCUCUGUCCAUAGAGCAAGAAAGCAAAAAAAUGGAGAGGCUAAACUCGAAGUUGUAUGUAGAAAACUGUUACAUAAUGAAAGAGAACGAGAGGCUUAGGAAGAAAGCUGAGCUUCUAAACCAAGAGAAUCAACAGCUUUUGUUUCAGCUCAAACAGAAACUCUCCAAAACUACGAACACUAAUGGAUCAAACAAUGACAACAAAUCAAGCUCUGCUUCUGGACAAUCUUGAUUUUAAAUCAAGAAAACGUUAGAGCAAAGAUCGGGAAUCCGUAGGAAAAAAUGAAGAAGACCCAGCCUUUUUUUUUCUUUUUGGUUUUAUCUUGUUUGGUGUAAUGUAGGAAGAUAACUAGUAUCCAGUAGUACUGUAGUAGUUAUUAUGAAAGGAAAGAUUCUGUUUUAUUACAAGAAGACAGUGUCUCUCUGUUAGUCUUCUCAGUCAUAUUUUUUACUUUUGUUUCUAUUUUCUAUGUUAAUUAAAGAUCUUAUUGUGUGGGGUUUGGGACUUUAGGAUAUGGUUGAUUCUUGGACUAACAUUUGUACCCUUUUGCUCUCUAUUUAUCAAAUAUUGUCAAGUCCAUAUCAA